AUGUCGUGAGAAUUUUAGAUUUGUGAGUAUUUAUGUCUAGAUAUUAGUUUAUAUGUUAUUACACACAUAUAUAUAUAUAUGUAUAUGUAAGUCAACAAUGGGAAGCUUUAAAUUAUUGUCCAAUCAUACUCUGCUUCUAUUACUCUGCCUUUGAAAUCUCCGGAGACCGCCAAAGGCUGCGGCUCGUUUCAUUCAGCCAUUCCUACUAGCCGCCUUCGACUCUUCCCGGAGUUUAGCCAGCUCAAUCCCACCCAUGGCGGCAGCUAGGGGAAGCGUCUUUGCCUCUGGCUUUCCCCCGGGCAUUCCCCGUCACUCCUAUCCAGCUCCGAGAGCUCGCCGGCUGGCACUCAUCAGCUCCACUCAACGACUAUUUGCUGUUUCGACAGCUGAGCAGCUGCCCUCUGCUCCUACUUCUGUCCCGGGUCCGACUCCGACUACGGAAGGUGAGUUGGGUCAGAACAGGAGGCACUGGAAGGACAGGGAGCCCAAUGGAAGCGCGGCAGCAUCGCCGUUCAUGGAGGAUGAAGGAUCAGAGGUAGAGGGGAAGAAGAGGUUGGAGGACUUCUUUGACCUCGCCAAGGAUUUGAUCAGAUCAGCCGGUGGACUGCCGCGGUGGUUCUCUCCUCUGGAGUGCGCGUCUCGCAUCAAUAAUUCUCCUCUGCUCCUCUAUCUGCCCGGAAUCGACGGUACUGGAGCUGGGCUCGCUUCGCAGCACAAGAAGCUCGGGAAGAUUUUCGACGUUUGGUGCUUGCACAUUCCAGUUAUGGAUCGAACACCAUUUACAGAUCUUGUAAAAUUGAUCGAGAAGACAGUGAAAUCAGAGAGCCACAAUUCGCCGAAUAGACCUAUUUAUCUUGUUGGAGAAUCACUGGGAGCAUGCCUCGCACUAGCUGUAGCAGCACGUAAUCCUGACCUUGAUCUCAUACUCAUCUUGUCUAACCCAGCAACAUCUUUCAAUGCAUCACAAGUUCAAUCUCUCAUACCUUUGCUGGAAAUCAUGCCGGAUCAAGUCCAACUUACCCUUCCUUACUUACUCAGUUUAAUGAGAGGUGAUCCUUUGAAUACUCUGAGGGCAACUUCAGAGAAAGCACUCCCACCACAAGAAAUGGUGGCGGAGCUGUCGAAGGACCUCUUAAACAUGCCGUCUUUUAUCUCUGUUCUUGCUGAUAUUCUACCCAAGGGAACAUUUCUAUGGAAGCUUCAGAUGCUUAAGUCGGCUUCAGCAUAUACGAAUUCACGCCUUCAUGCAGUUAAAGCACAAACUCUAUUACUCAUCAGUGAAAGGGAUCAGCUGCUGCCAAGUCAAGCUGAAGCUUCACGGCUCUAUCGUGCGCUACCAGGAUGUGAGAUUCGUAGAUACGAGGAGAAUGGUCAUUUCCUCUUCUUGCAGGAGGAUGGCAAUGGCAUUGACUUAGUAACUACAAUCAAGGGCGCUACUUUCUACCGUCGAGGCAAGAGCCGGGAUUACAUAUCAGAUUACUUGCCACCAACCCAUUCCGAGUUCAUAAAGCUCUAUGAAUCAAACAAAUGGUUUAGUGACAUGACCGCCCCUGUCAUGCUGUCAACUCUGGAGGAUGGGACAAUCGUCAGAGGCCUCGCCGGGAUCCCUUCUGAGGGGCCAGUUCUCCUCGUGGGCUAUCACAUGUUACUAGGACUGGAAAUCAUCUCUUUGAUGGCUCAGUUUUUGAUUGAGAGGAACAUACAUGUGCGUGGGAUAGCGCAUCCUAUGUUGUUCCCCAAGUACAAGGAAGAUGGCAGCACCCUCAGCCCAUUUUUUUACGAUGCUUUCCGCAUUAUGGGCGCUGUUCCUGUCUCAGGAACGAACUUAUUUAAACUUCUCUCGAGGAAGUCUCACGUCCUACUGUACCCUGGCGGCGUGCGUGAAGCCCUUCAUAGGAAGGGUGAAGAAUACAAGUUAUUUUGGCCAGAACAGGCUGAAUUUGUCCGAAUGGCAGCAAGAUUUGGAGCCAAAAUAGUACCCUUUGGGACUGUUGGAGAAGACGAUAUUGGCCAGGUCGUUCUUGAUUAUGAAGACCUCAUGAAGAUCCCAUACUACAGGGAUCAGAUAAUGCGCAAUACUGAGGGGAAUGUAAAGCUGAGGACAACUGCCACGGGAGAGGUAGCAAACCAAGAUAUGCACCUUCCAGGAAUUAUGCCGAAGAUCCCGGGUCGGUUCUACUAUCUCUUCGGUAAACCAAUAGACACUGAAGGGAGGAAGCAGGAACUGAAGGACAGGGAGAAAUCCCACGAAUUGUACCUCGAAGUCAAGUCCGAGGUCGAGAGAUGCAUCGCCUACCUUCAAGAUAAGAGAGAAGGCGACCCUUACCGAAGCAUCUUCUCUAGACUUGUUUAUCAGACUGUUAAUGGCUCUUCAUCCGAUAUUCCAACAUUCGAGCUCUGACUUCGGCUAAGCAUAGUGAUGCGGCACAAAACGGGCAAUUUUAUGUUAGUCGGGCGUUUUUGUAAUUAUUAGGAAAUAGUUUAUUAAGUAUCUCAAUAUUUUCAAAAUAAUAAGUUUUGUUAGGGAUCAGAAAAUUGAUCCGACCCGUUCGGCCCGACUUAUUAUUCUAGGCUCAUGUUUAUAUUCCAAGUUGGGUGACAAAAUCCUAUUAAGGAUAUUUCUUUCAUAAUAUGUUUGAUAUUAUUUCUUGAAUAUAUAUAUAUAUAUAUCUUAUUUACGAGA